AUGAAACACAUUGUCGUCCUCGCCCUGUUAGUCCUGGCGCCGACGAUCGAGGGACGGUUCGCGCGCCGAUUUCCGUCCGAUUUCCGCUUCGGAGUUGGCAGCUCCGCGUACCAGAUCGAGGGUGGAUGGAAUGCGAGCGGCAAGGGCGAAUCGAUCUGGGAUCGCAUGACACACCGGCAUCCGGAAAAGAUUGCCGACGGCAGCAGCGGGGAUGUCAGCUCGGACAGCUACCAUAAUUGGCGAAGGGACGUUCAGAUGGUCCGUGAACUCGGUGUGGACGUGUACCGGUUCUCGCUCUCCUGGCCGCGCAUCAUGCCGAACGGUUUCGUAAACAGCGUUAGCAAGGCGGGCGUCCGGUACUACAGCAACCUGAUCGACGAGCUGCUGCGGUACAACAUCACGCCGAUGGUGACGCUGUACCACUGGGAUCUGCCGCAGCGCUUCCAGGAGUUGGGCGGCUGGACGAACCCGGAAAUCAUCGGCUACUUCCAGGAGUACGCAAAGGUGGCGUUCGAGCAGCUGGGCGAUCGGGUGAAGAUCUGGACGACGAUCAACGAACCGUGGCACGUGUGUGAGCAUGGAUACGGUGUGGACUUCAUGGCGCCGGCCCUGGACUACCCGGGCAUCGCGGCUUAUCUGUGCGGUCACAACCUGCUGAAGGCGCACGCCGAGGUGGUGCACAUGUACCGGCGAAUCUUCCAGCCGAAGCAGUUGGGUACGAUCGGCAUAACGCUGGACACUUCCUGGCCGGAACCGGCGACCAACACGGAGGAAGAUCGUGCCGCCUCCGAGGUGGCUGCUCAGUUUUACCUCGGUUGGUUUGGACAUCCCAUCUUCUCCGCCACCGGAAACUACCCGCAGGUUAUGAUCGACCGCAUCGGAGCGAUGAGCCGCCAGCAGGGUUACAGCAAGUCUCGCCUGCCAACGUUCACGCCGGACGAGAUCGAGCGCAUCAAGGGUACGGCCGACUUCUUCGGCAUCAACUCGUACACCAGUGUGCUGGUGCGCAAGAACGAUCGCAACAAUUCGGCCAACUUUCCGGUGCCGUCGUUCAACCACGAUAUGGGUGUCGUGGAAUCUGCCAGCCCGGACUGGCCGAAGAGUGGUUCCGUCUGGCUGCACGUCGUGCCGUCUGGAAUGAGCAAGCUGCUGAACUGGAUCCGGCGAGAGUACAACAAUCCAACGGUCUACAUCACGGAGAACGGUGUGAGUGAUCUCGGUGGCACUAACGAUCUGAAGCGCAUCGACUACUUCAACUCGUACCUGGAGGCCGUACUGGACGCGUUGGAGGAUGGGUGCAACAUACAGAUGUACAUCGCGUGGAGCUUGAUGGACAGCUACGAGUGGAAGGCGGGUUUCACGGAAAAGUUUGGCUUGUACCAUGUGGACUUUAGCAGCCCGAACCGGACACGUACGCCGAAGGCGUCGGCCAAGGUGUACGCCAACAUCGUCCGGACGCACCAGAUCGACUGGGGCUUCCGGCCGACGCCGGAAGUGUUCAUACUCCCACCCUCGCCGUACCAAUCCGGCAGCGAGCGGUUGAGCGCGAAAAUACCUGUGAUCUGUUUGCUCGUGGCCAUCGCCGGUGCGCUAGUCAAAGCUCUGCUCUGCUGACGGUACGAGUACCCCCGGUCAGAGUCUCCCUCCGAUCGAAAGCCGGUCGUGCGCCGUCACUCUACUUGUAAGAGAUUUAUUUAUGACCGCCCUUGUGAAGCGUAUGUGUGCCUUGUGUGAGA